AUGUUCUUUUACCUGAACAAGAAAGCAUUCUUCUUCGGAAAGGUUGUGAAAGCGGCUGUGAUUGCUUUUCAGAUUGCCAUUCCCAAUAAUGUGAAGUUGAAAUGUAUAUCUUGGAACAAGGACCAAGGAUUCAUAGCAUGUGGUGGUGAAGAUGGAUUACUGAAAGUUUUGAAAUUAGAGACACAGACAGGUGAUGCAAAGUUGAGGGGUCUUGCAGCUCCUAGUAACCUUUCUAUGAAUCAGACUCUUGAAGGCCAUAGUGGUUCUGUUCAAGUGGUGACAUGGAAUGAGCAAUACCAGAAGUUGACCACCAGUGAUCAAAAUGGGCUUAUCAUUGUCUGGAUGUUAUAUAAAGGCUCUUGGUAUGAGGAGAUGAUCAACAACAGAAAUAAGUCAGUGGUCCGGAGUAUGAGCUGGAAUGCCGACGGGCGGAAGAUCUGCAUCGUGUACGAAGACGGGGCUGUCAUCGUUGGCUCGGUGGAUGGGAAUCGUAUUUGGGGAAAAGACCUGAAGGGUAUACAGUUAUGCCAUGUAGCUUGGUCUGCAGACAGUAAGAUCUUACUUUUUGGAAUGGCAAAUGGAGAAAUCCACAUUUAUGAUAAUCAAGGGAAUUUUAUAAUGAAGAUGAAACUCAACUGUUUGUUGAACGUGACGGGAGCGAUCAGCAUUGCCGGGAUUCACUGGUACCACGGCACCGAGGGCUACGUGGAGCCGGACUGCCCCUGCCUGGCGAUUUGCUUUGACAACGGGAAGUGUCAAAUCAUGAGACAUGAGAAUGACCAAAACCCUGUGGUGAUGGACGCUAACAUGUAUAUCGUGAGUGUCCAGUGGAACCACAUUGGCAGCGUGCUGGCUGUGGCGGGUUCCCAGAAGACGGUCACCCAGGAAAAAGAUGUAAACACUGUGCAGUUCUAUACCCCGUUUGGUGAGCAUCUGGGGACUCUGAAGGUGCCUGGAAAGCAGAUGUCUGCACUCUCUUGGGAAGGAGGUGGACUGAAAAUUGCAUUGGCUGUUGAUUCUUUUAUAUAUUUUGCUAAUAUUCGGCCCGAUUACAAGUGGGGUUAUUGCUCAAAUACUGUAGUUUACGCUUAUACCAGACCUGAUCGUCCGGAAUACUGCGUUAUCUUUUGGGAUACAAAAAACAAUGAGAAAUAUGUUAAAUAUGUGAAGAGUCUCAUUUCUAUUACUACCUGUGGAGAUUUCUGCAUAUUGGCAACAAAAGCUGAUGAAAAUCAUCCUCAGGAGGAGAGCGAGAUGGAAGCCUUUGAUGCAACGUUUGUGCUAGUGCUCUGUAAUUCCAUCGGCACACCCUUGGACCCCAAAUACAUUGAUAUUGUACCAUUACAUGUUGCUAUGACCAAAACCCAUGUGAUCGCAGCUUCGAAAGAAGCGUUUUAUAUCUGGCAAUACCGUGUGGCAAAGAAGCUCACAGCAUUGGAAAUUAAUCAGAUCACUCGGUCUCGAAAAGAAGGGCGAGAAAGGGUUAUUGUGCUGAAAUUGGACCGUGGCACAAGGGAUCCAAUUUGUGCCAUAACUGCAUCUGAUAAGACAUUGAUUGUGGGGCGUGAAUCUGGCACCAUUCAGAGAUACAGUCUUCCUAAUGUUGGUUUGAUUCAAAAAUACUUUCUUAAUUAUCGUCCCUCCCAGUUAUCCUUGAAUUGCAGCUCUAGUCGUCUUGCUAUCAUAGACACCUCAGGAGUUCUCAUUUUUUUUGACUUGGAUGCUCGGGUCACAGACAGCACAGGCCAGCAAGUCACCGGGGAGUUGCUAAAGCUGGAGCGGAAGGAUGUCUGGGACAUGAAGUGGGCCAGAGAUAACCCUGAUUUAUUUGCAAUGAUGGAAAAGACAAGAAUGUAUGUUUUCAGAAACCUGGAUCCAGAGGAACCCAUUCAGACUUCCGGAUAUAUAUGUAACUUUGAGGAUUUAGAAAUCAAGUCUGUUCUUUUGGAUGAGAUCUUAAAGAAUCCAGAACAUCCAAACAAGGAUUAUAUAAUUAACUUUGAGAUUCGGUCCCUGCGAGAUAGCCGAGCUUUGAUUGAGCAGGUUGGAAUUGAAGAUGCCUCUCGAUUUAUAGAGGACAAUCCACACCCCCGACUUUGGCGCCUGCUGGCUGAAGCUGCUCUCCAGAAACUGGAUCUGCACACUGCAGAGCAGGCGUUUGUCCGUGGCAAAGACUACCAAGGCAUUAAGUUCGUGAAGCGCCUGGGCAACCUGCAGACCGAGUCCAUGAAGCAGGCUGAAGUGGUUGCCUACUUUGGCAGGUUUGAGGAGGCUGAAAGGAUGUAUCUUGAUAUGGACAGAAGAGAUCUUGCUAUUGGGCUCCGGCUGAAAUUGGGAGACUGGUUUAGAGUUCUUCAACUCCUGAAAACUGGGUCUGGUGAUGCCGACGACAGCCUGCUGGAACAGGCCCACAAUGCCGUCGGGGACUACUUUGCUGAUCGACAGAAGUGGUUGAAUGCUGUACAAUAUUAUGUACAAGGCCGGAACCAGGAACGCUUAGCCGAAUGCUAUUACAUGUUAGAGGAUUACGAGGGACUGGAGAGUCUUGCCAAUUCUCUCCCAGAAAACCACAAGCUGCUUCCAGAAAUAGCACAAAUGUUUGUGAGAGUUGGAAUGUGUGAACAAGCCGUAGCUGCAUUUUUGAAAUGUAGCCAACCAAAGGCAGCGGUCGAUACCUGCGUGCAUCUCAACCAGUGGAACAAGGCUGUUGAAUUGGCUAAAAAUCAUAGUAUGAAGGAAAUUGGACCCCUGCUAGCGAGGUAUGCAUCUCACUUACUGGAAAAAAAUAAAACCCUUGAUGCCAUAGAACUCUAUCGGAAAGCCAGUCACUUUUACGACGCUGCUAAGCUCAUGUUUAAGAUCGCAGAUGAUGAGGCAAAGAAAAGAACUAAGCCUUUACGUGUUAAGAAGCUCUAUGUGCUAUCAGCUCUGCUUAUAGAGCAGUACCAUGAACAAAUGAAAAAUGCUCAGAGAGGAAAAGUUAAAGGAAAGAGUUCUGAGGCUACUUCCGCCCUGGCUGGUUUGUUGGAAGAGGAAGUUCUGUCGACAACUAGUCGUUUCACAGACAACGCCUGGAGGGGGGCGGAGGCGUACCACUUCUUUAUCCUGGCACAGAGGCAGCUCUAUGAGGGAUAUGUGGACACUGCGUUGAAGACAGCUCUUCACCUGAGAGACUAUGAAGACAUCAUCCCCGCUGUUGAGAUCUACUCCCUGCUGGCGCUCUGUGCGUGCGCCAGCAGGGCUUUCGGGACUUGUUCGAAGGCUUUUAUUAAACUGGAAUCUCUAGAGACCCUCAGUUCAGAACAGAAGCAGCAGUAUGAAGACCUCGCUCUGGAAAUCUUCACCAAGCAUACUCCGAAAGAUAAUAGAAAAUCUGAGCUGGACAGCCUUCUUGAAGGCGGAGAAGGGAAACUGCCCACGUGCGUGGCCACGGGAAGCCCAAUCACAGAGUAUCAGUUCUGGAUGUGCAGCGUCUGCAAGCACUGCGUCCUGGCUCAGGAAAUCAGUAACUACAACUUCUGCCCCUUGUGCCACAGCCCGGUGGGAUAGUCGGUGGGCAGGUGCAGGUAUUGCGGGCAGCCUAGACGUGGAGAUCUGUUUAUGUGAUACAGUUGAUUUCUACAUGUCUUAUCUGAAUGUUGGCAUUAUUUCAGAGUUGUGUUUUGUUUUUUUUCAGAGUUGUGAUUUUAUACAUAUAGUUGUAGAAAUACAACUAAGAAACAAUGAUAGUGGUUUUCAUACAGAAAUGUAUGGAAUUUUGUACCUUAUUUUAUCUAGCUACAUCGCUAGCUGUCUUGUGGUUUGUUAAGUGAUAUUAUGGAAAUAUUUCAAAUAAGAACUUUUUUCGCAGUGGCGAGGUUACUGAUUUUUACCAAGAGCCUCGAUGGGAGGAAGAGGGGCGCAUGAGUGGGCACGGCCGAGGGCAGAACAUGGCACACCUGCACACGGAGCCUCUCACAGUGCUGCGCUGAGCUUUCUGUUGCGUUUAAUUAAAUAUGAACUGAUGACUUCUGCAUUUUAUUUUUAGAAAUAAGAAGGCAUUUUAAGACCUUUAACAGUCUGAAUGAUUUCUAAUAGCCGUUUAAAAAAAUCUAGCUUUUAAAUAAGACUUACUUUGUCUUAUCUAUGAGAGAGAUGGCAUUUCAGUUACUUUUCAAAACAUCGUGCAAAAAACCUGACUCUGCUUACAGUGAUAUAAAUUCAUACAGAACAUGUAUUUGGUAGGGAUAGUUCCGGUUGAAACAUUGUCACCAAGUUGGACCCUUUAUUUAAUUAGCUUUUGGGUUGAAGGCAGUGAUUCCUUCUUGAUACACAUCUGUAUCAUAAUUAUCAUAAUCAUCAUUCAUUUAAAAAGACUAUCAUUAAUUAAAACACAAAAAGUUGUAUCAGUCAUGGGUAAAUACCUGUUUUAUAUUGCUAGUUAUGUUCAUUUCUCAUGAAUUUUUGUUUUUAAUUUUGUGACUAGAGACUAAAAUCUAGCAUGAAUUUAUCAAAUUCAUGUGCUGACAGUUGACUUAUGUUCCUCAGAGACAGGGAAUGAAGAGAACGGUUAUUGUUCAUGGAGUUAGACGCUCAGGUUAGUUCAUUCUCUCAUGGUGCCAUGCCAGUGGGCCACAUCGGUCACAGUGCGAGUCCAAGCAGGUGCUGCUGUCAUGUCCUGCCUGUCACUCUGCCUCAUCCACUUCCUUGAUGAGGCUAUUAAGAGUCCCAGAGUUGAAAUUUGUACUGGGACACCCACUUGCUCUCUACAAGGGGCCAGGGCAAGCCCACCCACUGGGUGCGGUAGGUCCCAGCCAGCCCACUGAGCAGGUGUGGGCUUGAUUGUGUUUCUUGGGCUGAGGGAUUUUUAUCACCAUUUGUAAACUCAAUACAGACCUUGCACACAUUGAGUGCAUUACAGAUCUCAUAGUGUUCAGGAAAAGUUAAUACCUGUUGUAUAUUUUGUGCCUCAUUAGUUCAGGUAUGGUCACACACAGACACCCUGUUUACUUUGCUGAACAUGUCUCAUCAGUUCACUUAUUUAUUGAAGUUUAACAAUUUUAUCUAAUUUUUUUUUCUAUGAAAGAAUAAUCCCCAUAUCAAAAACAAAUUCUGAAGAGAGCAACCCUAAAGAAUAUAUCUCCCUUUGAAUUAACUAUAUCUUUUCAUACGACUUUUUCUUUUCAAGAAUGAAACUGUUUUCUGCUGCAUCAGCAAAAGCAUACUGUUAGGGAUGUGGGUGUCUGCAGGGCGAGUGCUCAGAGCUAUGCUUUCCGGUCUACGUACUGCCUGAAUCUCUCUUCUUCACUUCUUCCUUUUCCGUCCUGGGAACCAGCUGAGAACUCCUCUGGUUCUUACUAUGAGCUGUUACUUACACUCCUGUUUACUUCAGCUCCAAAGCUAGUGGUUGUCUCCUCCAGCCUUCUACCUUAUCUUUGGGAAUUCUCAUUUGCCAUUUCAUGCUGCAUGAGCCCUAGAUAUUUUCCUGCAGUGACUAUUCCACAUGUAUCUUGCGUUGCCUUCGCUACUAGUUUUGGUCAAGACAAAACCCAAAAUCUCUGCAAACUGCUCAGACCUUAUAGACCUAAUUAUUGCAUGUGUGUGUGCAUGCGCACAUAUAUAUGCUCAUGAAUAUACACACAUACAUAUCUUUUCUGCUAUUGUAGAAUCUCAUAAUUGGGAUUUAUAUCUGAAAAAGUUUUAGUGAUCUGCCCUAAUGUCUUAGGGACCUUUGUUUGGCUUAAAAAUAGACUAGAGACAGAUCCAUGGUGUUAGUUGAUCCAGCUGAUUUUCUUCAUAAUGAAGCAAAUUUCAGGGUAACACCACUAACAGAUUCUCUUAUGUUGAAAGAGGCAAAAAUGAAGUACAGAUGGCAAAAUAUAACAAGUAGUGGGGGAGAAGUUGGAUAGACAGAAGGAAGCAGUGUGUUGGGGACUACCAGUAUCAUGAAAACGUUUCUUGUAAGAAACAUAAACUGACUCUCUUUAAAUAAUAGUGAGUGAUCUUUUACCAUAAAACUUGGCCUGAAUUAAAUUGAGUUUCAAAGUAGUAUCGCAGACCACAGUAUUGAGAUGCCAGAAUGGACAGACAGGGCAGUGUGUAAAAGACAACAUAACAGCGUUUGCCUCUAUCACGUACAAAUGCUAAUUUCACUGUAUAUAUAUAUAUAUAUAUUUUUUUUUUGUUAAAAUACACUUUGAAAUUAUAUUUUUGUAUUCUAAGAGCCUAGAUAUUAGGUUUUUGUGUGGCAUUAAUUGAAAA